AUGGAGAAACAGAGCAUUAAAAACACUUCUUCUUCUUCUUCUUCUUCUUCUUCGAUGUCAUCUUCUUGGGUUAGAGGUACUUGCGUCGGAAGAGGUUGUUUCGGAGCAGUUAGCACGGCGAUCAGCAAAAGCGACGGUGGAGUUUUCGCCGUGAAGUCCGUGGAUCUCGCCACGUGUCUACCCACUCAGUUAGAGUCUCUCGAGAACGAAAUCUCCUUCCUCCGCUCACUCAAGCCUCACCCUUGUAUCGUGCGGUUCCUUGGCGACGGAGUCUCGAGAGAAGGAACGACGUCGUUCCGGAAUCUCCACUUAGAGUUUCUUCCAAAAGGCGACGUGGCUAGUUACGCCGCCGGAGGAAUCGACGAGACUCUUCUCCGUCGUUACACAACGUGUCUAGUCUCUGCUCUCCGCCACGUCCACUCGCAGGGAUUCGUUCACUGCGACGUCAAGGCGAGGAACGUCCUCGUUAGCCGGAUGAGCUCCGUGAUUAAGCUAGCGGAUUUCGGUUCAGCGAUCAGAUUCGGAAACCCGACGGCGACGGCUGAGAUCACGCCACGUGGAAGUCCUCUUUGGAUGGCUCCGGAGGUGAUCAGACGAGAGUACCAAGGGCCGGAGAGCGAUGUCUGGUCGCUUGGCUGCACAGUCAUCGAGAUGUUCACUGGUCAAACUCCUUGGGAAGAUCUCGGGAUUGACUCGCUGAGUCGAAUUGGUUUCUCUGUCGAGUUACCUCUUUUCCCUGCGACGCUGUCGGAAAACGGACGCGAUUUCUUGGGAAAGUGUCUGAAGCGAGACCCGAAACAGCGGUGGAGUUGCGAUCAGCUUUUGCAGCAUCCAUUUCUGUCUCAGUGUCAAGACUCGUUUCUCACUGAGUCAUCUCCGCGUUGCGUACUCGACUGGGUUAACUCGGGGUUCGAAAUAGAAGAGGAAGAGGAUGAAGCAGAGAGAAGCGAGUGGAGAUCCGAUUUGGAAAUCGCGGGGAGGGCAAGGAUUUGUAAAUUGGCGACGACCGGAGGGGUAAAUUGGGAAUCGGAUGGUUGGGUGGAGGUUAGAAGCCACGCUUCGGAAGAGGAAAGGGCAACGACGGAAUAUUCGGAAUCUAUAAUGACAGAACCUGAAUAUAACACAUCGUACGAUGACGUGGCUUAUGACUCGGCGAGAAGUGACGUCACUAUGUAUCCGAAUAGACCGCCGGGAAACCGGGUAUCGGCGGCGGCGCCGCCACAUGAACUAGUGAUGAUUUUACAUUUAUUAAUGGAAAUCAUGGUUUAUUCUACAAGUGUGUCUGCGGAUAUAACUAUUCUCAUUAUUUAUUGUUGUUAUCAAUAUCAUCGUGAUAAUAAUAACAAGGAACUGGAAAUGUUGUCUUUUAAUCUCAGCAUCGAUUUUUGUUUGUUUGUUUCUCUACAUGUGAUUCGGAUCGGACGAAACUAUCAUUUACGCGGUGAGAUUGAGUGUCCUUAUUCGGGACUGUUGCUCCAAAUAUUUGCUCCUUUUUUUAACCACGAAUUUAUUUUGGCCUAA